ACUGUGAAAACUUUCAACUAUCACAGCUGUGGUGGGUUCAAUGUGGAGAAAGUUCAGUAUAAGAAUGUGAUGUUCACUGUUUGGGAUGUUGGUGGGCAAGAGAAAUUACGGCCACUUUGGAGGCAUUAUUUUAAUAAUACAGAUGGAUUGAUCUAUGUUGUUGAUUCCUUGGACCGUGAAAGAAUUGGCAAAGCAAGAGCAGAGUUUCAGGCCAUCAUCAAAGAUCCUUUUAUGCUCAACAGUGUCAUCUUGGUGUUUGCCAACAAACAGGACAUGAAAGGAGCAAUGACACCAAUGGAAGUAUGUGAAGGAUUAGGUCUCUUUGAACUUAAGAACAGAAAAUGGCACAUCCAAGGGACUUGUGCACUCAGAGGAGAUGGUCUGUAUGAAGGUUUAGACUGGUUAGCUUCAACUCUGAAAGAAAUGAGAGCUGCUGGAUACUCUUCUGUGGGCACCUCAUCAUUCUAAUACACCAGAUUCACUUGAAAACUUGAGGUUCGUGCAGAUUAAGCCACAAGCAUCAAGGAAGUCCUAAAAUGUAAUCAAAUUUUUGUGGGUUGUCUGAAGUGAACAGAGUUUAUGAGGGUUCUUACAUUUUGUCCCACUGGGUACUAUCUGACUUCCAACAAUGUAAAUUGAAAUUCUAAUGAGACCCUGUAAUUGAAAGUUAAAUUGGAAACUGGGAAUAUAUUAAUAUACAUAUAUAUGCUUAGAUGUCCCUUUA